GCCGUGGCCUGCCCAUAAUAUCAGAAAAUCCCGACAAAAAUUCAAAAAUAAAAUAUCACGGGAUGAUAUUUCGUUUCUUCUAUUAAUUUGUAUUUGCCCCGGCAAAGUUCGCUAAAAACUAAGGCUCAUUUUUAUAACGAAUUAAAGCAUUGCCAUUCAACAAUCGAAAAGAUUUCAACUAUCAAAAUAGUAAAAAAAAUAGUUAACAAAAAAAAUGCAUCCGUGAGUGGGAAGUUUUGGCGAAACAGUAGCGGAAGGAGAGACGGAAAACGACGAAGGGCGUGCAAGGCAAAAGUAACGGUUCCUGUGCGGCGUGUGUGCGAGUGUGUGUAAAAAUGUGCUUGGCGGACGACAAAAGAAACGGGAUGCGAUUGCGGGAGCGGAAUUAAAAUUAAAUUCACACGAAUUUAUGUGCGAGGCGCGUGUUUUUGGCAACUCCUGGGGCUUUGGAAAUUUGCAUCGUUGACGAGGCGGAAUAAUGAAUCGAUGACUAUUUGCUGCUGAAACGGCCACAUCUGCCAGCUGUCUUGGUUCGCCUUCGCACCCCUCUCGCUCACUCACUCGCGUUAUCCUGUGGAGCCCCCAAAAUAGACAACAACAACAAAAACCAGACUCCUUGCCCGAGGCUCUCGGCAUCCAAUUCGAACACCAACUAGAUCCAACUCGAACUUGAACUCAAACCGCAGCGAACUCCAACCAGAAAAGCCUGCGCAGGAGUGAGAGCGAGAGAGAGAGAGACGGUGCGCGAGUAGGUCUCUCCGCCGGCUGAGGGAGAGGGAAAGGAAUAGAGGCGGAAGUGGUGACAUCUGUUUUGCCGCUUUGUCAGUUUGCGGAUGCUGCUCCUGCCGAACACGAACGAACGCGAACGGGCACGAACGAACAAGGCGAGCAACGUGAACAAGUGUGGAAAUUGGAAUUUUUAUUCAAAACAAUGCCCCUGCUGCAACAGUACGACACUCCUGAUUGCUCCGGUUCUGGAGGCAACAUGCGUGCCCUAAGCGGUGGCUCCACAACGGACCUCCUGCAGAAACACUCGAUCAGCUCCUACUUGGAUCACCAUCAGCAGCAGCAACAACAGCUCCAGCAUCAGCAUCAGCUGCAACUUCAACAUCACCAGCAGCAGCAACUGCAACACAAUCUCCUGGACAGAUGCAGUGACGAUGGAUUGAUAUCUUUUAUUAACGAUCCAAUCACACUGAACGAUCUACUCGGCCUGUGCGGCGGCAAUGGUGUCGGCAAUAGCCAGAACCAAGCGUUGACAUCGACUCCAGUGCAGGGAGGAGGAGGAGGAGGAGGAGCAAGUGGAACUGCAAUUGGUGCAACAACACCAACAGGAGGAGUAUUACAAGCUGGGCCAGGACUGGGAUCGAGCCAGGGAGGAGGAGGAGGAGGACAUACCAUUACCGCCACAAACAACUCCCAUCCGGCGGUCAACUCAUCCGCCAGCUUCGGUGGCAACGGCAGCAGUAGCGACGUCAAUAAUCUACUGCUCGCCAGUGCUGCUGCCGCUGCCGCCGGUGAUGGCGUUCAACUGUCCGCCAAUGCGGCUGUCUACGCUCCACUAACGCCCAGCUCCACUCAAUCAUCGGCCUCGCCGGGCACCAAGUCAUCCGGUUUUGACUACUUCCAGUUUGAAAAUGUUGCACAAAGUAACCCACUUAAGGCUUUCCAAAGAACAAACAUCAGCUUCGAUUGCUCUGCACCCUUAUCGCCAAGUACGCCUACAUCUAUUUACAAUCGCUCCUUUCACAGUUCACCUUUAGUCAGCGACAGCAGUAAUUCUUCGAGUGGCAUUGGUCUCUCCUUGGACUCCAUCAACAUGCUCUACCACCAGCAACAACAGCAACAACCACAACAGCAGCAGCAGCCACAGCAGCAGGGUUACUCCAAUCUGGGAAACUCUAUGGGCAGCGGUUUAGGUCUUAGCCUGGCGAAUGCCUCUACGCGAUCAAACUCGCCAGAAAGUCAGAACAGUGGGCAGUCAAUCACCGAGCCUAACCUACUGGACAUGAUUAAUCUACUGUCUGUGAAUAGCAAUAAAAUAGCCUCCAUGCAGCAGCAGCAGCAACAACAGCAACAGCAGCAUCAACAGCAUCAACAGCAACAGCUGCAACAACAGCAGCAGCAACAUCAGCUGCAGCAGCAGUACGCCAAUCUUAAUAGAAGCUACGAACAGCAGUUAGCCAAUGGAGGUGGCCAGCAGCAACAUGGCUACGAGCAGAAUGGCGUGGGCGUGGGAGUUGCUAGCGGAGGCAAUGAAAAUUGCCUUAGUCAGUAUACCCUGGAAAACCUCGCUAGCGUGGACAUGGAACUGGCUAAACUGCAGAAUCUACAGCGGAUCAACACGCUGAAGUUGCUGCAGGCCCAGACGCAGCAGAUGCCACUGAUUAAUCAGCUGUUACAGAGCUAUGCCGGAGGCACCAUAGGCAAUGUUGCGGGUAACCUGGUAAACUCGGGAGGAACACCGAUCGUUACAGAAUUGGCGGGAAACGGUGGCGGAGGAAAUGGGACCACCAGUGAUGGUCACCUAGAUCGCGUGGCGAAGUUCCACAGAAGCUCGGCGGCCUUAUGCGAUGCCACAUGCACCUGGAGCGGACAGCUGCCGCCACGUUCGCAUCGUAUGCUCAACUAUUCUCCCAAGGUCUUCCUCGGCGGUAUUCCCUGGGACAUUAGUGAGCAGUCGCUUAUCCAAAUCUUUAAGCCAUUUGGAUCUAUCAAAGUGGAAUGGCCUGGCAAGGAGCAGCAGGCUGCGCAGCCCAAGGGCUAUGUUUACAUCAUCUUUGAGUCGGACAAGCAGGUUAAGGCCUUACUUUCGGCCUGCGUGGUCCAGGUGGAUGACUCUCACAGCGGCAGUAACUACUUCUUCAAAAUUUCUUCCCGUCGCAUUAAGUCCAAGGAUGUUGAAGUCAUACCCUGGAUAAUCGCCGACUCCAAUUUCGUGCGCUCCAGUUCCCAGAAACUAGAUCCAACGAAAACUGUGUUUGUGGGUGCCCUACAUGGAAAACUUACAGCUGAGGGCUUGGGAAAAAUCAUGGACGAUCUUUUUGACGGCGUGCUUUAUGCUGGAAUUGAUACGGACAAAUAUAAGUACCCGAUCGGAUCGGGACGUGUGACCUUUAGCAACUUCCGGUCCUAUAUGAAAGCUGUUUCGGCUGCCUUCAUCGAGAUUAGGACCACGAAAUUCACUAAGAAGGUACAGGUGGAUCCUUACCUGGAGGAUGCCCUGUGCUCUAUAUGCGGAGUGCAACACGGUCCCUACUAUUGUCGGGAAUUGUCGUGUUUCCGAUACUUUUGCCGCAGCUGCUGGCAGUGGCAGCACAGCUGUGACAUCGUCAAGAAUCACAAGCCCUUGACACGGAAUUCCAAGUCACAGAGCCUGGUUGGCAUUGGACCAUCAUCAUCGACUGUUUCGCUGGCCUCAUCUAGCCAUAGUAUUCGGGAAGACAACAAGAUGGGUCUCAGUCAGCAGCAUCAACAGCAGCACCAGCAGCAGAAACACCAUCAGCUUCAACAACAGCAAUCGCAACCGCAUCCGAACCAUAAUCUGAUGGGUCUCUCGGUAGCUGCCAGUGUCGCCGCUGCAGCACCAAAGUUAACCUUCCAGCAGCGACUAAUUCAAAAGGAAAAAUUGCAUUAUCAGCAUCACCAGCAGCAUCAGGCGAUUUAGACUGCUACGCAGGCUUUUAUCCGGAACCGUUUUAACGGAAAUUUGGACUUUUAGGCAACGUAGAAAAAAAUUCUAUUGCAGCCGAGAUGGAGACACCGGGACUUAUCAUCGUCAUUAUCAUUGUAAACACAGUUUUAUUGAUGUGUAUAUUAGAUCGGUACGAUAUGAAGCUUACACGUUGAAUUUCCUUUAAGGUAAAUUAGUGUUUAGUAGGUCGACACACCCCCAACACCAAACACCCUCGAAAUCGAAACGAAAAAGACGACACCCCCAUUCUACUACUAUUUUUUGAUAAUCAUGCUUACAUAUCAGCAUUUGGAGCUGGCAUUCGAAUGCUAAACGAAUGAUACAUGAAAUGAGCAAUUUCAUUUACUCACAGAAAGAAAAACCCAUAAAUCAGCUUACUACUCAAGUUACUUUUUUGGCUAAGAAAGCAAAAAAAAAUUGAUUUCUAAUUUUGUAAAUGUCUAAUUUUUAAGCGAACAGAAAGAAAGGAAGCCGCUUUAAAGAGAGGUUUAGGAUUAUCAUAUUUGUUAUGUUUUGCGCUAUUACUGAGGAAUUUUAUGUAGUUUCUUUUUAUAUAGCCAAGCCCCCAUAAAGACCCGAGUUAAUAUGAUUAAUAAGUAGUAUUAUCAUAUAUGAUUUGGAUUGUCCGUUAAGCGUUUAUCAGGGAAUUUCAAUUUUUAAGAAAACAUUUUAAAAAUUGUAAAUUCGUUUAACUCACAAGUCCCCCCUAUUUUUUGUUACUCAUUGAAUUUUGUUACACACCUGAGUUAUUAUAUAUAUAUAGCCAUAUAUAUAUAUAUAUUGUUUAGUUUUUUGUUUUGGAUUAGUUUUAAGCAUUAUCAUUGUGAAGAUUAGCACGCGAUGCUUGAUGAUUGAUUGAUGAUUGUUAAACUUUGUUUUAAGAACUUAUCUUUCUUUGGCUUUUUUGGCUGUACCAGUUUUAGAGCUCAUUGGCUAUUACUAGGCCUAUCAUUUGUCAAUAUUAAUUUCAUGUAUUUUUGAGAAAGGAUCUCUCCAGCGCUUAUCAAAACUAGAAUCUAUAUGUAAAGAACCAGAUAUUACAUAUUGUAAACAUGAUCACAAGGCUUUAUAUAAUUUAAAACUUAUUAAUUUUUGUAAAACCUAUCAAGAUUAAGGGAACCUAACUUAAAACAAUACCUUUAAAAGAAAACUAAAUUGAUUAACUAAAAAGAAAAAAUAACACCACUAACACACACACGUACUCACCAAAAAAAAACCAAACAAAUAUACAAAAAAUCGCUUUUGAAUUCGCCUUGGUUUCAUUUUGGCAACACUUAAUCCACGCUUCCCAUGCUAAUUGUUAAUCUCACUUAAGAUGAAAACGAACUUUAAGUAACUUAGUCUAAUAUCAAAAGUUAAAUUCAAACGAAUUUAAGCAUAAAAACAAUCAAAUUACUUUACCAAGCAACUGAAAUACUCCAAAAAAAAAACAAGAAAAAGAAAAACCAAUGUAAUCGAGUAGUUCAGAGAAAGAAAAAUUAACGCUGCGGGUGUUAUGUGACAUUUUAAACGCAUUACUACUCUCUAGGCAUUAAUUGUUUUUAGCAUUAUUAACUUGGACAUCACAACACUUUAACACACACACACACGCAUUACGAUGAACCUACAGGGAUUUUAUGGUAGUCUUCGAAAGAAACAAAUUAAAAAACAACAACUAAAUAAUUAACAAUAAUAAUAAUAAAAAAACAAUAAUUGAGAACGACGAAGUGUUAAGAGACGAAGGCUAGAACAAGGCUGCAGACUAGUUGAAUUUGUUUUAGUUUUUAAAAUAUAGAUUUGCAAAAAUAAGCAAUUUUUAAUUAACCAAUAUGAGAAGAAAGAGGAGGGAUUGCGGGUCUAGGGUAAACAUGGAUGCCUCUUAGUGUAACGGUUUCUGUUGUAGCGCCAAACUACCUAGCUUAGUUUUUCCUUUUUGGCCAUGGACAUGGCCGGAAGUGUGUAUAAGUAGCAAUAAACCCCCAGACCCACAAAAAGUGCAUUGUUAUUAACCAUAUUUACCUAGCUAUAUAUACAUAUAUAUACACGUACAUACAUAUUGCCUUCGAUUAGGAGCGAGGAGAAACCCAAGCAAAUCACCCACUUAAAUCGCUUUAAUGCCAAACCACAAAUCAAAAAGCUUAUUGACUACUUUUAAUGCAAUUACUAUAUACGAGUAUAUAUAUAUUGUAUAUUCCACAUCCUUUUGCCUACCAAGCGAAAAUCAGCCUGGAAUUUGACUAUACAUCAUAUAUAGUUUGUAAAAUAAUGGAUAUCAGGAGUUGCGGAGCAUAAAGAGAUAUACAUUUCGCCGUAAUACUUAACCUAUAAAUACCAUAGACCCAAAAAACUGCAUAAGGAAUACGAAAACACACACACAUAUAUAUAUAUAUUUUAAAGACAAAGAGUUAGGGAUAGACGAGGUGGUAAUACCUUAACCUAAGCUAGACAAAAACUGUGUACAGAAGACAUACAGAUUAAAAUGGUGCUUUAGCUGAAUUAUUAGUAAUCGUAAGACUUACCUUUUGGGAUAGGAAAACCUAAAUGCUCCAAGAAAAUACCUUAUUUCACUCGUUAAUGAACGUAUCUUUUUUAAACUUAAUUUUUUUAGCCUUAAUAAUUAUUAGGUGUGUGUUGAUGGGUAAAGGAGAUCAAGGCAGUACCAUUAUUUUAUUGAGAAAAACCAGCAAAAAUGUUUCAAAAUCUAUUGGAAAAACCAAAAGUGUUUUUAGCUCGCAUUUCACAAAACACACACAUUAAACUAACACUAAAACACAUAACAUUUUCGUAAACAAUUUUAAAUAACUAUAAAAUUUACCAUAUUUUUAUUAACCAAAGGGAGUAAAAUAAAGAAAUGCCCCCACACAUUGACCAGGGCCAAACUUUUAAAUGGAACUUUUUAAGGCUAUUUCGGCAAGAAUCAAUAUUGGCGACUCUGAAAUCUCGAUCGUAUGUUAAACAGUUUUACUUUAAUGUUUUUAACGCUUUUACAAGCUUAAGAACCAAAAAUACAUAACGAGAAUUUUAAAUUAACACGCAGAUUUGUGUGUGCAAGCAAACAGUUUUAAACUUUUCCACACUGGCUUUUCAAUUUAUUUCAAAUCGAAACAUUAUUUUAUUUCCUAUCAAAAAUCGAACUAAUAAACUAAGAAGAUAUAUUAAACAAAUGUAUCAAAGAUUAAAUCCAAAUAUGUGAAGAACAAAAGAGACAUACACACAAAAUAAAGUUUAAACGAAAUGUAAAGGAACCAAAAUCGAACGCUUCCCACGCAAAACCGAUAAUAUUAAAUUUUAGCAAAGUAAAAAACUAAAAAACAAAUGGAACAUUAAGAAAAUAUGCAAAGCGUAAUUAGGCAACAAUAUAUAUACAUAUAUAUAUAUAACAUAAUAAUAUAUUUAAAAAAAUAAUAAACAUAUUUUACUGACGCAAGUCAUCUGGAUUAUCUAUACCGUCUACUUUUAAGGCAUUCUACACUAAAACAGAGUAAUUAUUUUUAAACUCAGCUAAGGUGCAAAUCAGCAAUGAGGAAGUUCUAUCGAAUGGGGAAUAUCUAAACUUAUGCCGAUAUCUCUUACCACGCAUUAACUCUAACCUAUAUACUGUACUCUCAAAAACUAACUCUCCAUCAUAUAAAUUAACUAAUCGUAUUCGAAAA